AAGAAAGAAAGAAAAAGAACAGAGCACAAUGGAAGGGUAUAUAUACAUAAAACACACACAACACUGAAGACAAGAACAGUAUCUGAAAUUGUUGUGAGCCUUAACAUGAAUGUGUGUAUGUCUGACAUGCACUCUGCUAUCUGCACCACCUCCAUUUCACCUCACCAUCAUCUUCGCCGGAGCACCGUUCGGAACCCUAGCCAAUUUCGCGCCAAAUCUUCCCUGCUAAUUCAGAAACAGGACACCCAAGUCGCAGAUCCCUUCUCAGAUUCCGUCUCUCGCCGCCUCAUUCUGCUUCGCCAUGCUCAGAGUUCAUGGGGAAACCCUUCUCUCCGCGACCAUGACAGGCCUCUGAGUAAGUCAGGGAAAGAGGAUGCUAUGAAAGUUUCUAGUAAGCUUCAACAAUUGGGUUGGAUUCCUGAGCUUAUCUUGUGUAGUGAUGCGACGCGGACUAAGGAGACACUCAAGAUAAUGCAGGAGGAAGUUCAGGAACUGUUAGAAGCUGAGGUUCAUUUUGUUUCUAGUUUCUAUUCAAUUGCAGCCAUGGAUGGUCAAACAGCAGAUCACCUUCAAAAGAUUAUUUGUAAAUAUUCAAGGGAUGACAUACUUACUAUCAUGUGCAUGGGACAUAAUAGGGGGUGGGAAGAGGCAGCCUCAAUGUUUUCUGGGGCCUCUGUGGAACUGAAGACAUGCAAUGCCGCACUGCUUGAGACUGCUGGGAAAUCUUGGGAUGAGGCAUUUGCUGCAGCAGGAUUUGGUGGGUGGAAGCUUCAGGGCAUAGUAAAACCACGUAGCUAGUUAGUUGAAAUUUUCCGUGCUGGGUGUACUUACAAAUAGAUGGUUAAAAGAGAAUGUUGGAAGCAUCAUUGCUUUGUUUAGUGAUUCAAAACGCCUCAGUUAGGUGGUUAAGGCUACCGAGCUGAUGAUUUUGGAAAGUAUACUACAGGGAAGACAGAAAAUGAUUCAAAAGGCCUUUUAGUUAGAUUUGUUUAAUUUGGCAGCUAUGAAUUGUUUCCAUGGAGAUUCAAGAUGAAGCAUUGCUGAGUUUAAUGUACAGGAUCUCAACCCUUCACUUCCAGCUUAGUGUAGAGCAUAGAUGUUCAUUGAAGUGAACUCAUGCUGCUGAGUGGUUGCUGAUUGGUACAGAUCUUCAGGUUUCCAAAGAAAAAAAAGAUACAUGCUUCUGUAAAUCAUGUGGAUAAGUAUUACAUGUUGCUUUUACUCCCCUUACCUUCCUCCUCCUUGGUCAUAAAGACUGAAAUUCUAUUUCAAAAUCCCACAA